AGUAUGUGUAGCAGCGACAGCUAAACGAGGUCCUCUCUCGGUGGAAGAACCGCGUCCGAGUGGCAGCUCCAAUUCUGCGCUUACCUUACUCACUAAACUCAAGUGCCAUGGAGGAAUCAAGUAGUUGACGUUUCCUGCUGCAACCUUCUCUUUUCAGCUUUCUUCCACGUCCGAUCACUCCCGACCCGGUUUUUAUUGACGUUUUGACCUUUCGCGAGCUUUGACCAAUCCAAGAACAUGAAGUACAUCAUCGGCAUCGGCGGGGUAACAAAUGGAGGGAAAACCACUCUCACCAACCGCCUGAUCAAGAACCUGCCCAACUGCUGUGUGGUCCAUCAGGAUGACUUCUUCAAGCCCCAAGAUCAGAUUGAAGUUGGUGAAGAUGGCUUUAAGCAGUACGAUGUCAUUACUGCUCUGGACAUGGACGCCAUGAUGAGUACGAUCUACGCAUGGCUGGAGAACCCGGUGAAGUUUGAGAAGUCUCAUGGCGUUAAUAACACCCUGGAUACAGAGAUCGUCCCGAAGUCCAACCACAAGGAGGAGGAGGAAACUCACAUCCUUAUUGUGGAGGGCUUCCUGCUUUACACCUACAGACCUUUGAUCGACGUGCUGAACCAGCGUUACUUUAUUUCCAUCCCAUAUGAAGAAUGCAAAAAGAGGAGGUGCGAUAGGAACUACACGGUGCCAGACCCCCCCGGCCUGUUCGACGGCCACGUCUGGCCCAUGUAUUUGCAACACAAGAACUUCAUGGAGGCAUCAGGUGUUGAUGUUUUGCAGCUAGAUGGAACCAAGUCAAAGGAACAACUGUUCAACUUUGUCUACGGUGACAUCCUGAACAACAUUCAGAAGACUCUCUAACAAAGGUCAUCAGAUCGGCUAAAGGAGCAUAUACUCAACCUGCAAGCAGAAGACCGCCUUGCCUUAAGUUUCUACCUGGCAGCUCAUUUAGCUGACUGCUAUGCCUUUUUUUCUGUUUUUUUGUAAAUGUUUAACUGGCAGCAUAAAAUGCUGUCAUGAUUUUAUAUCGACCAUAUUUAUUGCUUUGUUACAGCCUACACUCAGAGAGUUGAUGCAUAUGUUCACAGGAUGGUUGCACUUAGUUGCACAUGUCAAUAAAUGAUGCCUCCUGCCAA